GCGACAGCUGCCCGGCCGGGGAGCGCGGCGGAGCGGGGCUGCAGCGCGGGGCGUGGGGCUCCCGUGGCGGCGGCGGCGGUGACCGGGGGCGGGAGGGGAGCGGCGCGGCCGCCCUGGAUGCUCCCGGGCGCUUCCCGGACCGGCCGGCCCCGCACGCCCCCCGCCGCCCGGGUGCUCGCCGCCCGGCGGGGCCCGCUCAGCGUCGGCCGCGCGCGCCGCGGUGGAGCCCGCGAGGGGGUCUCGGCCGGGGAUGAGCUGAUCGCGGGCCAGCACGCCGCGGACCGCGCCGGGAGGCCGUGCGGAGCCGCCUUUCUCCGGGCCGGCGCCCAGCCCCGGGAGCGGAGACCAUGUCCAUCCACAUCGUGGCGCUGGGGAACGAGGGCGACUCCUUCCACCAGGACAGCCGGCCGUCCGGGCUCAUCCGCACGUACCUGGGGAGGAGCCCGUUGGUGUCCGGGGACGAGGGCAGCUUGUUGCUGAGCGCCGCCAGCGCCGUGGCGCGCCCCGUGUUCACCGAGUACCAGGCCAGCGCGUUCGGCAACGUCCGGCUGGUGGUCCACGACUGCCCCGUCUGGGACAUUUUUGACAGUGACUGGUACAGUUCUCGAAAUCUGAUUGGGGGUGCUGACAUCAUUGUGAUCAAAUACAACGUAAAUGACAAGUUUUCAUUCCAUGAAGUGAAGGAUAAUUAUAUUCCGGUGAUAAAAAGAGCAUUAAAUUCAGUUCCAGUAAUCAUUGCUGCUGUCGGUACCAGACAAAAUGAAGAAUUACCUUGCACGUGCCCACUGUGCACCUCAGACAGAGGAAGCUGUGUCAGUACGACCGAAGGGAUCCAACUUGCCAAAGAGCUAGGGGCUACCUACCUGGAGCUGCACAGCCUGGAUGACUUCUACAUCGGGAAGUACUUUGGAGGCGUGUUGGAGUAUUUUAUGAUUCAAGCCUUAAACCAGAAGACGAGUGAAAAAAUGAAGAAAAGGAAGAUGAGCAACUCGUUCCAUGGAAUUAGACCACCUCAGCUUGAACAACCAGAAAAAAUGCCCGUCCUGAAGGCCGAAGCCUCGCAUUAUAACUCUGACUUGCACAACCUGCUGUUCUGCUGCCAGUGUGUGGACGUGGUGUUUUACAACCCAGACCUGAAGGAGGUGGUGGAGGCCCACAAGAUCGUCCUCUGCGCCGUAAGCCACGUGUUCAUGCUGCUUUUCAAUGUGAAGAGUCCUGCUGACAUCCAGGAUUCCAGUAUCAUCCGCACAGCCCAGGAUCUGUUUGCUAUAAACAGGGAGGCUGUGUUCCCAGGUGCUAGCCCGGACUCUCCAGGCAACCCACCACUCCGAGUCAUCGUUAAAGACGCCCUCUUCUGUUCGUGUCUAUCGGACAUCCUGCGCUUCAUUUAUUCAGGUGCUUUCCAAUGGGAAGAAUUGGAAGAAGAUAUCCGGAAGAAGUUGAAAGAUUCUGGGGAUGUUUCAAAUGUAAUGGAGAAAGUUAAAUGCAUUUUAAAAACACCAGGAAAGAUUAAUUGCCUGAGGAAUUGUAAAACCUAUCAAGCCAGAAAACCUCUGUGGUUUUAUAGCACUUCCCUUAAGUUUUUCCUUAAUAAACCGAUGCUUGCUGAUGUUGUCUUCGAAAUACAAGGUACAACGGUGCCAGCCCACAGGGCCAUCCUAGUGGCUCGGUGUGAGGUGAUGGCAGCCAUGUUCAAUGGCAAUUAUAUGGAAGCAAAGAGUGUUCUGAUUCCAGUCUACGGUGUUUCCAAAGAGACGUUCUUGUCAUUCCUGGAGUACUUAUACACGGACUCCUGUUGCCCAGCUGGCAUUUUUCAGGCCAUGUGUCUCCUGAUCUGUGCUGAGAUGUACCAGGUGUCCAGACUGCAGCACAUCUGUGAGCUGUUCAUCAUUACCCAGCUGCAGAGCAUGCCCAGCAGGGAGCUGGCAUCCAUGAACCUCGAUAUAGUUGACCUGCUCAAGAAAGCCAAGUUUCACCACUCUGAUUGCCUUUCAACCUGGCUACUUCAUUUCAUUGCCACUAACUACCUCAUCUUCAGUCAAAAGCCUGAAUUUCAGGAUCUUUCAGUGGAAGAACGCAGUUUUGUUGAAAAGCACAGAUGGCCAUCGAAUCUGUACUUGAAGCAGCUUGCGGAAUACAGGAAGUAUAUUCACUCCCGGAAGUGUCGUUGCUUAGUCAUGUAACCUGGCGCUUUUAUGUACACACACACUUAAAAUUAUCAUCAUUAUGAAGAAUGGGAUACCUCUGGGUACCAGUAAAAUUCUUGUGAUGGAAACAUGGGCAUAUAUAUAUAUAUAUAUAUAUAUAUAUAUAUAUGGGGAAAAAGUCACCAUACAGCUUAAUGUGUUUACUAUUUCUCUUUGAGAAAAUGAUGAUGAUGAUCUUAAAAGGGAACAAAAUAUACUACAUGCUAAAUCUAAGGCUUCACAUAGUGUAUAAAGCUGUUGUGUAGCCACUUAUUCCCUUUAAGAUGACCAGUUGCUUUGGCGAUAUUAAUACCUUUCCCAGUUAAAAAAUGUUAAAGUAUUUUAGAAAUCAUGUAGGAUUUAUACAGAAAUUUCAUCAUGUCUGAUUAAUGGCUUUGUUAAGAUUAGGGGCAUGUAGAGACCCACUGUGACUAUUUCUAUAAUGAAAAAUCUAGGGGACGACUGAUCAAUCAGACUCUAGGAAUCGAAUUUUGCCUGACAUUUUGAAUGUGAAAUGACACCUGUUUUCACAUCAGUGUUUAAACCAUCAUAAAAUAAAAUAAAAAAAUUAUGUUUUUUGUCUGAAACAACCCAACUGAGCCAUCUUGUCUCUGCCCUAGGAUUCAGAUUAGGUAGGAAACCUAAGGCAAGGUGAUUGUAUGGCCAGGGAACUGUGUGGUCCUUGGAUGUAUACCAACACUGUCAGAGAGGAAAAAUAAAAAUUCUCUACAUAUUUCUCCCAAGAAACCAGAUUUUAACUGUAUAGGGUCAGAGCUUAGAAGGGCCCCUGCUUGGUUCCAUCUUGAAAUUCAUAAUAAUGUUUGAUGAAGGGGCCUGCAUUUUCACUUUGUGUGUUGGGCCUCUGAAAUGUUGUCUGUCUUGUAGUGGGAUAUGUACUGUGUUUUCUUGCUCAGACAUCAUUGUUCCUGAAAGCAGAAAAGAGGUACCGAUACCAAGGGGAGAGAAGGAGGCUUUCUGGCGGGAAGAGAGCAUUGUGGGGUUCUGAAAGCUUUUGGGAAAUAUGUUCCUCCCAGGGCCUCUGUGCCACCUUGACUAGCGAGUGAGAGUUGUCUUGUGUUCGUUAUCUUUAAGACACUCGCAGUUCUGGCUCUGUACCAGACGAACCAAUACAUUAUUGAUCAUUCUGUAGCACCAGGAUGUUGGUAAAAGCGACUGACCAGCUUGAUUUUUAUACGUAUUUAUGAAGAUGCUCAUAGAAAAACGUGCUUUUUAGAGAAAUUGCUAUUGAAGGCUCAAGAUGUUUUUGUUUUAGUGUAUUUACUAAGAUUAGGAUGUCAGUGGCUUGAAUUAUUUAAAUUAUUUUGAGGAGUAGCACGAGUUUUGUCCUUGUUAAACGAAAGGAUAUAAGUGAAAUACUUGUUCCAUGUAGAGAAAAUGGUACUAGGAUAGAAGACAGAAUUCUAGUUUCUUUUGUGUUUCAUGUAAACAGAAAUAAUUACACAAGCAGAGAGAGAGAAAACCAGAUUAUUGUGUUAUUGUUGGCAUCAUUUUCUUCUGUAAUAAAAUUCAGUAUUGAAUAUAUGUAUUUUUUAAUUUUCAAGUACUUUAGAAUACAUAUAGUUUCCCAACUGUUCAAAGGUUUGAUUAAACAGUUUGACACUAUAGAAUUAGAAUCACAUACAGUUAGUCCUUGGAUGUAUACCAACACUGUCAGAGAGAAAAAAUAAAAAUUCUCUACAUAUUUCUCCCAAGAAACCAGAUUUUAACUGAAUUGUGUUGAUGAAAAUUACUGGAAUGCAUUUUAUGUCUUUUGAAUUUUUAAUUACUUGAGCUAAUCAACUCUUGGCAAAUCCCAGUGGGCAUGCACUAGCAUGAUAAAGAAUAGACACUGUAGUGGAUUUCCAGAAAUUCAUUCACUUUUAAGAACUUUUUAAAGUGCAGUUACAGCAUUUUAUUCUUCAUAAGCAUUACCCCUAUAUGAAUUAGAGCACUUAAAAUUCUAAAUCAGUAACUCUUAAUCUAGGAAAUUGAAACAAAAGUUCUAAAGCAAAAUAUGUUCUUGCAAAUACUAUUUAACAUUUAAAUGGACUACAUAUAGGUUUUAGGUCGUUUGAUUGGAGCUGGGUGUGGAAGUGGAUGCUCUGUUGAUGUUAAGCAUGUAGUUUUUAUUAUAAAAGUCCUUUACACCUGUGUGAGCGAUUCAGACACGAAGAUGUCAUAGCUCUUCAGAGCUGCUCAGAAUAGUAAUCAAAUUAGUUUUUAAAUCUAGAUUAAAAUGUUUGAAUUCACUCGAUUUAAAAUAACAAGACAUUAUAAAAUACUCUAGCUAUCCUGGAGAAAUGAGUACUCUUUUGGUUUUGGUUUUAAUUGAAAGAUUAUUUCUAUAUGAAUGUGUGCUCUGUGCUCAUCUCUGCUUCAAUAUAUUUCCCAAUCAUUUUAAUUAGAGGAGAUACUGUAUGGUAGAGCUAAGGCCUUCUCUUUCUGGGCCAGGUUUUCACCUUAUGUAACCCUUUGUAUACUUCUGGCUACUCUAUGUCAUAUUGUAGAAAAGCAGGCUUGUAAUAUAGAAGUUUCAACAACAUAACUGAAAUUCAUUUAGUCCAAGCCAGCAUGGUGGCUUCGUUUUGGGCAGUAACAGAAAACUGAAGAUUUGGAUAAAUUUGACUUUCAAGACAGAUAAACUUUUCAACUGUUAUUUUUAAAACUACACUACACUGAUACAGUUAAUUAUACAAAAAAAAAGUCCUCAAGAGUAUUUUAUUUUAUUUAAAGCAUCUGUUUAAUUAAAUCUUUAAUAAUUUUGCAAAGAAGGAUAUGUGUGUAUUUUAAUAUAGCCUGAUCUGAAUUUAUAUGUUUUUAGCUUUAGUAUUUAACAUUUUGUAACAAAUAAACCUUUUUUAAAAAAAUAA